UCAAUGGACGGGCGGAAGCUCGGCUCGUCACCUCUCUCUGGGUUUGUAAACAUUAUGUGACUGUCGCUGUUAAGCCUAGUUUAUGCUUCUGCGUCACGUCGACGCCGUACCUACGUUCACUUCAUUCCUCACAGCCGGAACAACCGGGUCGACAGCCGGCAGUGAUCCCCGGGCAGCAGCUCCUCCACGGUUCACUUCCCGGUCUCUGCUGCGGGCGUGUGUGUGACUUGUGACCGGCGGAGAGUGCAGAUAUGUCGGAUAACGGCGGCUCGGCUGUCGGCCUCCUGGCCUACGAGACGCUGGUUCACGCGGUGGCGGGAGCAAUGGGCAGCGUGACGGCGAUGACCGUCUUCUUCCCCCUGGACACGGCCAAGAGCAGACUGCAGGUGGACGAGAAGCGGAAGUCAAACUCCACCCCUAUCAUCCUGGCUGAGAUUGCAAAGGAAGAAGGCCUUCAGUCUCUGUACAGAGGCUGGUUCCCAGUCAUCUCCAGCCUCUGCUGCUCCAACUUUGUCUACUUCUACACCUUCAACACGCUGAAGAGAGUGAUGGUCUCUGGAUCAGGCAGGUCCAGACCCAGCAAAGAUCUGCUCAUGGGAAUCGUAGCAGGGGUGGUGAAUGUGGUCCUGACCACUCCCAUGUGGGUGGUCAACACUCGACUGAAGCUGCAAGGGGCAAAGUUCCGAAACGAGGACCUCCAGCAGACCCAGUACAAGGGAAUACUUGAUGCUUUCUCGCAGAUCAUAGCCAAAGAGGGAGUGGGAACUCUGUGGAACGGCACUCUGGCCUCUCUCAUCCUCGUCCUCAACCCAGCUGUGCAGUUCAUGUUUUAUGAGGCCUUGAAGAGGAAGGCAGGCAGGGGAGGGAGGAAGAUAUCUUCAGCAGAGAUCUUUGUCAUUGGGGCUAUUGCCAAGGCCAUUGCUACCACGGCAACGUAUCCUCUUCAAACAGUUCAAGCCAUCCUGAGGUUCGGUCAGUACAAAGGCGACGGAAAGGGCGGUUUGACUGGAAGCCUCUCGAGCAUUUGCUCCCUGUUCAUGGACAGACUCAAGAGGAACGGUGUUCUUGGUUUGUACAAAGGCCUGGAGGCCAAGCUGCUCCAGACGGUACUGACAGCUGCCCUCAUGUUUGUAGUGUACGAGAAGAUCACUACAGCGACCUUCAGGGUCAUGGGUCUGAACAAGAAGCUGAAGUAGUGAACAAACGCCCACUUCAGUGCAGCACGGCAUUAAUACAGUUGUAAGUGGGUUUGUUUGUGCCAGAAAUUAUAGUGGUCACAUGAGACACAAGAGUUGAGAUUUGGUUCCUUUGGGGCAACAGACUCUCACUUGCCCAAAAAAACCCAGAGAGGUUCCACUCAUGUUUCUAACCUAGUUCCAUCUGUGCAGACUGCCCCAGGAUAUCAGAUCUGUUAAGUCUAACAGAGAUACAUUUGGUUGACUCUGGUCUUAAUAAAAUGGAACCAUCUAGAAACAACAUUAAUGUCGCCAUGAUUUAAUUUAGCUCUGUGAUGGAGUAACGACCUGUCCAUGGUAUUCCCCACCUCUCACCGCGACCCUUAAAGAAGUAGAGGUAGAGCUUAACGCCAAUGAUUUCAUUUGCACAUAAAGACCGAGAUUCACUUGCCUUCAACGAAAUUAUAUUUUACCAUCAGAUGAGAUCUUGGAACUAGUUGGGGAAAAUAUUGCAUUCUUUGGAAAGGGAAGGUUUAACAUUUUGGGAGAGUUCCAUGAGAACUGUCUCUCUCUCAUAUCUACACAUUAAAUAUAUAUUCUCCCACCACAUCUGGAUUACCAAACGGGCAAAUGCUCAUAAAUCGCAAGCAAGGUUGAAUUAUUUUAAAACACAUUGUAAGAAUCGAAAAACUCCACCGACUGAGCUGAGAAACUGUCUGUGACACAACUCUGGAGAGUGAAUAAGCAUUAACAGCAAUUUGCCCCAAAAUGUCAAACUUUUUCUAGGUUGUGUCUGAAAUGAUGAGACCAAUAACUUACCUCCUCGUGUGUUGCCUUGAUUUAGACCACUGGAUAAUUCCUCAUACACUCCGUCAAAUGUUUAACUGUGAAAUUAACUGCGUUUGACGUUUUGCAAGGUGAGAACCUCGUGAAGCGCACAAGAUGCACGAGACCUCGUUAUUACUCACAAAUGAGCAGUAACAACAAAACUGGUGAAAGAUUGAAAGAAUUGAUAUUUUAGUUUUGUGUGUAAAGUCUGCACCUAUUACUCCAGACUAGAAAGCUUUUAGUUUUCAUAAUUAUAAUACAUUAAUAUGAAUAUUAAUGUAUUUCAUAUUACUUGGAAUGAGUCCAUAAAGUAAACUGUAAAGGUUACAGAUUUGAUAAUACCACAGUAAGUGCCUGUUAAUUGUAUGAUAAAAAACUGUACUAUGAGUACUGUGAUGACUGUUGAUGUUUUACAUUAACCGUGAUGCACUGUGUUAUCAAUCUAUGGUUUUUAUGAUUGGUCCUCUAUGUAGAGAACACACUGGCAGUGAUUUACAGUAUCAGUUCAGUCUGUGCUCUUUCUGUGAGUUAGUGAACGGAUGUUUCUGCAGCCAUGGUUCUUUCUUCCUUUUUUUUUUCCAUUACAAGAGUUACUGUUCUCAACACUGCUGUAUGACAUCAUAUUCAGGAGAUUUACAGUCUUACAUCUGUUGUGCCAGUGGUGAAACCCAGGUGCCAAUUUACAUACUACAGAUGAUUCAUUUACUGGAUCUGAGCGUCUGUGCCUGAUGGGUUGGUUAGUUGUGAAGAUUUUUUGUUUUUAUGCGUCUACUGUCUGGAAAUUCAUCAAAGGACAUCCACCACAAGAUGAACGCAUUUCUAAUUCACAAUAUCAGUAGAGCACAUACCUCCUCCACGGCCCCACACUCCCCUCAUGAAACCACAAUUGAUUCUGCACCAAAUUGCAAACGCUCAUAAAGAUCAGAGAAAUCAAAGGAAAUUAAAAAAAAUAUGUUUAACUGGUGCAAACAGAUUAAGCCACGUGUGAUUAUGGGAAGAUGAAAUUAGCUUUAUUUAAUAGAAGAUAAAUUUGUCACUGUUAGUUAGACAACAGAGAAGGCAGUGAUGCAUUUGAACAUGUUUUGUUUGAAGAGUUUACAUAAAAAUAUUUGUAACUGCUGAUGCAAUUCUUACUUGAAUUCAGUUUCAUUUAUUUUCAACACAUUUUUUAAAAAUGUUUUCUAAUUUUGUUUAAUUCAACAUAACAAUUGACUGUUUUGGGAUUUUAUAUUAUUGUUAUAACCAGGGAAUAAUAAAGUUUGUGAAACUGUUGACACCACA